CAGUCGUUGGUUGCCACUAAGAUGUGGACGAUCCGUUGCGCUCCGCUGCUCGCCUGCUUCUUUGUGCUUGUAUGUCUUUCCUCUGUGGCGGCCAGCCCCGCAUGGAGCUUUGACCAAGUCGGCGGCUACUUGAAUGGCAUUUUGCGCUCCGUCCUCGGGCCCCUUUUCGGGUUUGGAAACAACAUGUACAACACCACCACCUUUCUUUAGCCUAUGGGUCCUCUUACCGCACCAGACCGAAGGGAACCGGCAGCUUCUCAACAAUAUCCACAACGCAGUCGCCCAGGUUCUUCAGC